UGUAGCCCUCCCAACGCCGCCAUUGUCGGGCCUGCCCUGCAGCUUCUACGCAACUGUGUCAUCUUCCUUCGUCGGGCACAUUGGGAUCGCCAGCCGGACAAGCCCCCCUCCUUGCCGAACCCACGUCUCUCUACGGCCAGACAAGUCCUCGGUGAGCCUAGUCGCCUGGAUCACCCCCAGUGCAGUGGCCCAAGUUCGGGAGAACAACUUGGACAACCUAGCCCCGGAGGCGUCUGUAAACCCGACAGUGAUCCGACUCGUUCCCAAGGACCCUCCUUGCCAGGCAGGUAUUGUCCUGGCGUUCCCAAAGAACCUAGCCUGGCCGGAUGUUUGGAGGACCAAGUCUUAGCACCGAUCGCGCUUGCCUCCCACCGGGGCUCAACACAGACUUGGCCCUGGCACGCACCCAGACCUGCUCUUCCGCUUUAUACCCCCUACACAGCUCACGGCCCCCAAACAGUGCACCUGCCGGCGGUCCCAACCAGCGGGGGAACUGGACAUGAGGACCGCUCCGCAUCGUGGCCCUGGUCAUCACUGUGGGGCUCACCUGGAUCCUAGUCACCAUUCUCCUGGGUGGGCCUGGUGGUGGCUUCCCUCGAAUCCAGCAGCUCUUCACCAGCCCCGACAACUCAGUGACUGCAGAUCUCAAGUGACCCCAGGGCCAGGCCCAUGGGUCACAACUGCUGUCCCUGCUCAGAACCACGGACCAGGAAGUACAAGUGUGGCCUACCCCAGCCGUGUCCUGAGGAGCACCUGGCCUUUCGCAUGGUUAGCGGGGCUGCCAACGUCAUCGGGCCCAAGAUCUGCCUUGAAGAUAAGAUGCUCAUGAGCAGCGUCAAGGACAACGUGGGCCGUGGGCUGAACAUCGCCCUGGUAAACGGGGUCAAUGGUGAGCUCAUCGAGGCCCGGGCCUUCGACAUGUGGGCAGGAGAUGUUAACGACCUGCUGAAGUUCAUUCGGCCACUGCACGAAGGCACUCUGGUGUUUGUGGCAUCCUAUGACGACCCAGCCACCAAGAUGAAUGAAGAGACCAGGAAGCUUUUUAGCGAGCUGGGCAGCAGGAAUGUAAAGGAGCUCGCCUUCCGGGACAGCUGGGUGUUUGUAGGAGCCAAAGGAGUGCAGAACAGCAGUCCCUUUGAACAGCAUAUGAAGAACAGUAAACACACCAACAAGUAUGAGGGUUGGCCAGAGGCUCUGGAGAUGGAAGGCUGUAUCCCACGAAGGAGCAUGACCAGCUAGCACAACUGAGCUCCAGGACCAAGCCUACAGAUCGGCGCGGUGCCAGUGCAAAGUGGAGGCUUUCUGCCAUGCCCCAAAAGGAGGCUCCCCAGCCACAACAUGUGUGAGCUCUGAGGCGGCAGCGACUUGAGGUGAUGGGGGCAGCGGAGCUAGCCGUGGCACUUUGUCAUGGGGGCCCACAUGCCCAUCUUCUUGUUCCCCUAAAGCUGGGCACGCAGCCAGCCCCAGCCCUUCUCCACUCCUGAUGUCAUCUCUUUCCAAUUCCUGCGAGUCCCUGUCAUUGUAGCAGCCCCCUGGCAGUUUGGGGUACCUUCCACACACACUCACUGCACUGCAGGCAGGCCAAACCUUUUUCCAACAGAUUCCUUUCAGUGAGCCAGACCUGGUGGCCUGCCUGCAAGCCUUUCUGCCUCCUGCCUCACAGGUGACAGGAGCGUGCUGGCUUUGGGUAACAAGGUCACUGGGGCCAGAUCAAAGUCCCUAAUGAAACAUCAGCACCACACUGUUUGUCAGCAUCCCCACUACCCACCUUCUGGAUGACUUCUUAAUAAACUGAUGGCCCAGUGGAAUAAAAUGCA